CCAUUAGUAUACAUAUUGCAUCAGAACAUCUUUCUUUGGUGUAUCCAGUUUGAUAAAUGGCAACUUUCUUUGGUUCUCCUCCCUUUGUGUCACAUCCUAUAGUAAGAACACAACAGUUAUCUUCGUCAUCACAACCACCACCGCCAACGCCGCCGCCGCCACAAGACUCGUCUCAACCAAUAUCCAUUAGUAAGAGUUCACAGGAGCUGAAGCAGCCAUCAGUGGUGCCUUCAGAUAAGGCACGACAAAGCGCCAGGGGUACAAGUGCUGAUUCAACUGAUUGGAUUGCAUCGAGCUUGACCAGGAGAUUUGGUCUUGGUGCUGGGUUGGCUUGGGCAGGUUUUUUAACAUUUGGUGUUGUUUCAGAACAAAUUAAGACCCGUUUCGAAGUCAAUCAACAAGAAGCCAAUACAAGGGAUGUAGAGAAGGAAGUUGAGGUGGUGUUACCUAAUGGCAUAAGGUACUACGAGUUAAGAGUCGGUGGUGGUGCUACACCAAGGAAGGGCGAUUUAGUGGUUAUAGAUAUCAAGGGAACUGUACAAGGAGAUGGUGUCUUUGUGGACACUUUUGAUCGUGACAAAAAACCGUUGGCUCUUGUAGUUGGAUCAAGGCCUUAUAGCAAAGGAAUGUGUGAAGGGAUUGAGAUGGUAUUAAGAUCAAUGAAAAAUGGUGGAAAACGAAGAGUAAUAGUUCCUCCUGAGCUCGGAUUUGGAGACGAGGGUGCAGAUUUUGGUUCCGGCUUCAAGAUUCCUCCUUCUGCAACACUUGAGUACAUUGUUGAGGUCGAAAAGGUUUCAAUUGCACCUUCAUAAUUUUUCAUGUCUUUCUGAUUGAAAAAAACAAUGAGGUGUUUUUUUCCUUUUCUAUGUUUUAACAAAUAUUACUUCCAUCAGUGGCAAAUAAGAAUAAAUCUCAGUUAUUUAUACAA